AAAAUUUACAAUUUUUGAAAUAAGAACGAUUUACAAGAAUUUUAUUAAUGAAUAAAAAAUUUCAAAAACAAAUUAUGAAAAAACAACAAUAAAUAAGGGUAGUGCGCGCCUGCUGAUAAUGUUUAAGCAUUUUUUAGUUGGUCCUAUUGGUAAAAUGAAUCAGGAAACUAUAACCAAUGUAGAAAACAUUCAACGUGAAGAGUCCUUUUCUGAAACUAAAAAUAUCAAAGAUGAACAUUCGACGUUGAGUUCAAUUCAUGAACUUUGUCAAACUUUGAUGCACAAUGAAGCAGAGACAUUGAAGUGGUUAGGUGUUUAUCAUUCUCCUUUGGGUGAUUGUAUUUCCAAGUUUUUUUCAACAAUAAUGAAAUCUGAAGAAACGUCUAUCGGUAAUUCACACAUACAAAAGAGCGGUUCAUUAGAUUCAUUAUUACAAGCUUUUCUUAAAAAUGUCACUUUGUCCGCGAAGCGAUUGCAUGAAACUGUCGAACAAGUUCCACAAAAUAGACCUUUUGGAGGCUGUAUUUACGUUGAGAGAUUAUUAAACGAAAAUUUAUCUUUAAUGAGUAGUAUUUGCGACUUUGACAUGAAAAUGUGUCUCAGCUAUGUGAAAAUAAAAAAGAACUACGAUUUGGGUGUCUUCAAUAAACGUGUGUAAACAUUCUUUUUAACGUUUUUUUUGAGGGGAUAUCAUCUUUUUGAUAAUCUUACAAUCUCGAUGUUGUUUUACGUAUUUUCUAAUAAAAGUUAAAUUUCUUAUGUGAAGUAAUUUAACAAUUCAGAUAAAGUGAAAUUCGCCUUUCGUUUAGACAAGAUCUAUUAACGUUUUUGUUCUCAACAUCUUUUGAAUUCUUUAUUGCAAAGCGUGUUUCAUCGUUUUUAUGACUGAUUUUACGUGUUUAUGCCACCAAACUUGUAAGCGAGGGUUUUCUUUUGAAUCGAGUGUAGAUGCUCAAAAGAAACCUUGUUGGUGCGGUCUUCUUAUGUGGAAAGAGGAAUCUAAUACAAAAGUGGAUACUCGAGAGUUGACAAACAGUCUGGAACAUUGUGUUGGCACUGUGAAAGAAUUUCCAAGUGAUGUGCAAAAAAACAUUCCUUCAACCUCCGUAAAAUGUUAUCCGCAAACUUUACCAUUACCAGUUAGUUUUAAUGCCAAAUUUUGGAAGGUUCCUAUUAAAUUGUUUCAAAAAUUUGAAACUUCUUUAAAUUAUGUGUUUGAAGACCUGAAUGCACUAAAAUAUGUUUAUUUAGUAUCAAAUUAUAUAGUUGGCCCCGUUCUUGGUAGAGGAAGCAAAGGUAAGGUACGCCGAGGAUUCAUGAAAAUAGACAGCAAUCAAUGGAUUCCUGUUGCUAUGAAAUUUGUUUUCCCCAUGUCUCGAUCGCGUGAAAGAGUUCCUGUGUUUAAUGCAGUAGGAUUAAAAGAACUUAUAUCUGGUUGGACACGCGUCCAAGUUGAGUGGUCCCUUCAAUGCAUGAUGAAUCAUCCGAAUAUCUCUCAAAUUAUUGAGUUAUUAUGGAAUCCAAUGUGUAAUGUUUGGAUACUGAUUAUGGAGUUUGGUGAAACACUUAUAGCCAAUUAUGACUCGAAACUAAAAAUGUACCGACAAGGGAUUGCCGAACCGAAAACUCUUAACAAUGUCCCAACGCUCUCCGAAAUUGGAUGUAAGAAUUUAGUAAAACAGAUUUUAAAUGCUGUUACUUAUUUGCAUGAGCAUCAAAUCGUUCAUAAAGAUUUAAAACCUGAAAAUAUAUUAAUUUCUUCGUCUUCCUUACCAAAAGAAUGGCUUAAAACCAUAACCCCAUCUUUAGAUUUAUUGGAUAAAGAGGAAACAUUCGUUGAAACGCAACCUUAUGGAGAUGGACGAGAUUGGGAGGAAAUGUCCGAUUGUACUGAAGAAUUUUUGUGGGAUUUAGAUCUGUUUGAAGUCAAUUCUGUGGAGAAUUAUGCGCGACAAAUAAAUAAUGAAAUACAACGUUAUAAUAAAUGUCAACUGUGUUUGUGUUGUUCUAUGGAGAAUGCGAUUAAGAUUUCAUCUACUCCGUUAGAUGACUUAAAGCUACCAAUGUCAAGUCAUUUUUUUACUGAUGCGGCUAAGGGAGAAGAUAUCAAGGAGUACCAAAAAUGCUUAUGCUGUAGUAAAGCAUUACAUCAUCCUCUUAAUAUUGUUAAAAAUCUUCAGUCGGAUUUAAAAAUUUGUAUUAUCGAUUUUAGUAGCGCUGUUCAAGUAAAGGAACCAGAUUUUUUUAUUUAUGAUGCAGAUGGAACACGCCAAUUCACACCUCCAGAAUGUAUUAUGUCUUUGAAUGAAGAAAAAAAAAUUUCAGGGUUCGCUCGUGAUGCAUGGUCUAUAGGAUGCUUAUUAUAUUGCUUACUUUUGGGGAAAUUACCUUUUGAAUGUGAUACACCAGUGAAUGUUUAUUUCAAUAUCAAAAACGGAUUGCAAAAACCUUUACCGAACUGGUUAUCAGAGGAUGUCAAAGACCUCAUAAUGGGUCUUUUAAAUCCUAACCCUGAGGAACGUUUCACUUUACACCAAUGCCUGAAUCAUUCUUGGUUUCAUACAUGAUGAUUUAUUUCAUCACCUAUUUCAUUUGGGUUGCAUGAAUUUUUUUUUGUAGUUGUUUAUGUUUUGAAUAUCAAAGCACAAUUCUGAUAAAUCAAUUAUAAAAUAAAUUCAAAAGGACCAGUAGUUUGUUAAAAUUCGAGUAAAUU